CAAAUAGAACUACUACAAGAAAAGUAUCUUGAUGAGAAAAGUCAGAGAAUAAAAAAUUUUUACUACUUCGUCAUCGCAACAUCUUUACUUCUUCUUCUACUCUUCACUCCAGGCACAACCAAUGGUGGCCAGGCGAUGACAGCUGCUGGCGCGCUUGGUUUAGCAGGACAGCUUGGUGCUGGUGGAUCUUCCAGUAGUUCUGCUAUGCAACCUCUUGCUGGAAAUAAUGGAAGUGAUGGCAAAAUUGGAAAUGUUGGCUCUUCCUCCUCUACCAGUACCGUUGCGAAGGAAGUAAAAUCUCCGACAAAGAAGCGCACAGCAGAAACCGAGCCUCUCACUGCUAAGAAAGGAGAAGAUGAGGAUCUUUUCGAGGCGAGUGAGGAUUCAAGUCGACCUUCUUUCUUACGGAUCAGGCUUUAGAAAUUGUUAUUAGAAGAACUCCUAUCAUUAAACUAAGAGUCAAGAUAUCUCUCUGACGCCUUCGUUUUCCUUAUUCUCUAAUUUCGGCUGUCGCGAAGAAGAAGAAAGCUGCAGGCAAGGAGAUGGGAAAACAGCAAGCAAAGCGAUAAAAUUAUGCGUGUAUCAAGAGUGAUCUUCUGUUUCUCCUGUGUAGACGUAGCUUCUGUUAAUUCUGUUUCUCCUGAAAAUUGCUGUUUCAUCUGUAUACGUAGCCUUUGUUAAUUUUUAACAUACCACAUUCACGCUCUAAAGUUUUGGGUAUUGGAGGUGGAUAGAAAUGGCGAACCCUGGAGCAAAGUGGAAACGAUGGCGAAUCUCAAACAACGUGGAGACCAGAAGAUAGGCGGAAAUAUAAAAUCACUUGUAAUAAUUAUUUGCUCUUCUGUUUCAUCGAUGUAAAUAUUGAUAUUGGAGAUCUUUCUUGUAAAUGUUUGCUCUUGGUAACCUUGAUGCUCUUCUAGACUCCGAUCUUACUAGUCGCAAACCAAUACUACUUUCUUAUGCACAUGGAGGCAGGAAAGGCGAAUUAUUGUGCUGGACAUGUUGACGGUGAGGAUUUAUCUGAACCCCAUGCUAUCAAAGAUGCACACUCUUGAACCCGCGUGAUUUGAUUUUUAGCUCCUUAUGUUGAUGG